AGAUUACGGCCCAAUGACGUGGAAAAAGGGGGAAACGAACACCAGAGGAGAGAGAAAAAAGCAAAAAGCGCUGUGGGCCGGCGGGCAGCUGGUGCCUCCGCCGUCUCCGAUGAGGACUUCACCGUCGAUGAGAAAGGCGUUACUCUAAAAUCAAGAUACCAAGUAAAUAUGAUGAUGGUUAUUAGCAAUGAACAAGAACAUAGUGAGACAGAAGGUAGUCGGACAAAGAAGAAGAAGAAGCAGGAUGGAAAAUCUCGUCCAGCAUGCUCAUGGGUGCAUUUUAGUCGUGAAUUUAUCAAAGAGUACACUGCUUCCCAUCCUGAAUCGUCAGGGUUGAAAGUGGCCACAAAAGCUGCCUCAGAUGCUUGGAAGUUGAUGAGUCCAGAAGAGAAGGCAAAGUACACGAAUCGUGCCCGUGAAGUUUGGGAUAAGUACUUAAGCAAUACACCUGCCCGUAUUCCCAAGCCAAGAAGACAGACCAAACUUGUUACGAGGUGCUCUCCCGGUCGUUUAUUAAAUGUGCUGCAACGACUCACUCCUGACCAAAAGGAUGCUGUCAAAAGCAUGGGCUUUGGUAGUAUCCUUAAUCUCAGGUGCCGAACUCUGAGGCGCAGUCUCUGCCUCUGGUUAUUGGAUAAAUUUAAUACAGUUAGGCGCAGUUUGGAGAUUUGUGGAGAGCGCAUACCUUUAACUCCACGGGAUGUUGAACUGGUGAUGGGAUUGGCGUCUAGUGGGAAGGAUGUGGUUAAUUCUGGGCCCGAUGAGUUAAUUGCUGAUUUACGCAAAAAGUACAAUGCCACUAAUCGUGGGAUCUCUGUUCGGCUUCUGGAGGAAAGGUUGGCGGCCCCAGAAGCAGGAGAGGAUUUCAAGAGAUCUUUCCUCCUCUAUGUCUUGGGCACUCUUAUAUGCCCCACGGCAAGGCUGGACGUUAGCCCCUCAUUUCUCCAUUUCUUGACAAAUAUGGACGUGGUCCACCAAUAUAAUUGGGGAAAGUUUUUGCUUGACCGGCUAGUUCGAGAGGUGGCCCGCUAUCGCCAGGGAAAGCAACGUGCAGUUGGUGGUUGUCUUUUGUUUCUCCAGCUUUUUUACUAUGAGAGUGUUGCUGUUGGAGAACCAUCUGAACUGUCCCCAGCUAUUUUCCCUUGUCUGGCAUCUUGGGGUGAGGAGGAAAUUAGUGAGAGGGAGAAGCAAGAGAGGGAGCUUGGCGGCUAUGGAUGUGGAGAGGUUGUUUGCAAGGAAAGAGGGCUUGGGAUGGGAAUGCUAGGUUAUAGAACCCAACCAGAAAGCAUGCAGUUGCCUAUAACACCAUCAGAGAUGGACAACUACCCUCUACUUGAGCAGAUUGGGUUUCAGAAGGACGAGAUGGAGAUUUCCGAAGCCCCGUGCCGCAACUCACAGUACGGGUGCCCCCACAUCAAGUGCAAGGAGCACGAAGAGGACAACUGCCCAUACUCCCCCUGCGCUUGCCCCAUCCGCAACUGCCACUUUCUGGGCUCGUCCGCACAGCUGUCCGAGCACUACAGCAGCAAGCACUGGGAUUCGGGCCGCCGCUUUCAGUACAACUGUCCGCUACCCGUAACUCUCAACAAAAACGAAACCUUCCUCGUUCUCCAGGCUGAAAAAGACGGCAUCCUCUUCCUUGUUAAUAAAGGGACAGAGAGCAUUGGCCACACAGUCAUGAUCACGUGCAUUGCACCCACCUCGUCAAAGGACCAGUAUUUGUACGAUAUUGUCUCCGAGAGAGGGAACACUUGCCUCAGGUUGAAGUCAUAUACGAAUAGCUUUCCGGGUAGGGUCCAUGUGGGAUCCACGCCUCUUGAUUUUCUUCUCGUGCCCUUUGGCUUUCUCAGUUCCGCAGGCAAUUUGGAGCUCGAGAUGUGUAUAUGGAACACUACUGAUAUAGGGGAAGACUAGACUCUCAGACUCACUCACUCGUCUUUAUCCAAUUAUUCCUCAUCAGCCUUCUUUUCCUUUCUCAUACCAAAUAUCGGCAAGCUGUUGAAUGUGCAUUCUAGAAUUUAGGGACACCUUUAAAGAAUUGAGCAAUACUACUUACAUCAAAAUAAAUUAUUAUUAUUAUUAUUAUUAUUAU